AUGGACCUCUCUGAAGGCAAUAUCUCAGUCUUGUCUCAAUUAUCGGGAAGAAUCCCAUGGCUUUCCUACGUCCUCUCGCUCGUAAAGCCUUUAAUGCUGAACCCUGGAUAUGCACCUCCUGCGCUCGAGCAAGCCGUGCGCCGCUCCGUCGACCAACCCGCAGGCCUCCGCCAUGUAGAGAUCUGCCAAACUACAGGCUGGGGUGGCCAACCCAUCAACGUCCACACCGCCAAUCAAUCGUCUGAUCCCGCAUCACGCCUCAUACCAGUCACGGACUCCCGCCGCCUCCGCAUAACCUUUAACGGCUCUGUCUCCGACGUACUCCCGUGGAAGUUCACCCCUCAACAGCGCGAAGUCCGGGUACUGCCCGGCGAAACCGCGCUAGCGUUCUACACAGCCACGAACAAAAGCGACGAAGACAUAAUAGGCGUCGCAACGUACAGCGUGAGCCCGGGACAGGUGGCGCCCUACUUCAGCAAGAUACAGUGUUUCUGUUUCGAGGAGCAGAGACUGAACAAGGGCGAGACGGUCGAUAUGCCGGUCUUCUUCUACAUUGAUCCGGAGUUUGUAAAUGAUAUUAACAUGAAGGGCAUUGAUACGAUAACGCUUUCAUACACCUUUUUCAAAGCGAGGUACGACAAAAAUGGUCACCUUACGCCUGUACCUGGUUAG